GGAUUUGUUUUGGAGAAUUGACAGUUCACACAAUAACAAAGCAUUAAUCUAGAAAAUAAAAAUAAAUAUUGUAACACAGCCGUGCAACGUAACAACACAGAAAAUAAAUUCGAGACACUGGCGCUUCGAUAAAAAGCCGGUUUUAAAAGUAAAGAUCAUCAUUGUAGUAUUGCGUUGUUGACAAAUUUACAAAAAGUAUUCAUCUACCUCAAGUUAAAGUGCAAUUUAGCACAAUUCGACGCAAUAAGGGAAAGAAAUGUUAAAAGUUUCCCACAGCAAUGCCGUCUACAAAGCGCUGCAGGUACAAGUAAGGUACACCCAUCGGACACAUUACAAUGUUCUAAAGCUACAACCUAGUUGCUCAACGAGGGACGUUCGAACUGCCUUCAUUCAACUUUCUAAAGAACUGCAUCCUGAUGCGCACGUGAGCAACAGUGAAAAGUAUGACAAAAAGUCGUUUGUUGAGCUUCUGGAGGCUUACAAAGUGCUCAGUAAACCGGAAACUCGAGCUGCCUAUGAUUAUGAGUUAUCAUUGGCCAAGAAUCCAGGGAAUCAGGUGUUUCACAGACCGUGGGCUGCCAAUGCAAUGCAUUAUAGCAACGAGGAACAACCUUACUACGGAAUUAAAGGUGUCAAAAAGGUUAGUAAUUGGACGAUAGUACUGUUUUGCGGUAUUUUUAUGCUGAUCGGCAUCGUUCUGCAGGCUGUAGCAAUCAGCAAAUCGUUCACUUUCAAACGAGAUCAACUGGACGAAUUCUCUAGACAGAAUGCAAUCACCCAUGCGGAGGUACGCGAAGAAGCGCAAAAGUAUGGAAAUAAAGCGCAAAUCGAGCGCAUGAAGGCAAAACUAAAUAAAGAAGGAAUGUGAUAGGGAGUGUAAUUAUGCAGUUAUUUAGACGUUUUACAAACCGUUAUGCUUGAUUUGUACAUAAUGUAAAUUGUAGUAAUGAAUUCGAAAUCAGUGGUGGAGUUGAAAAGUAAUAAAAAGUUUAAUACAAA